GGGGAAUCUGUCACUCUAGAGCCUGACACUGAAAUAGAGAGAGAUGAUGAGAUACAGUGGACUUUUGGAGAGAAAGAUGAGCUGAUUGCAAAAAUGGGAAAAAUGACAGGAGAGACCAGAGAGAUAACAUAUCCUGGUGAAGAAUUCAGAGACGUACUGGAGCUGGACAAGGAGACUGGAUCUCUAUUCAUCAAGAACACCACUAUUAAACACACUGGAGACUUUAAAGUGAAGAUCAGCAACUGGAGAAGAAGCACUAAAACAAAGAUGUUCUGUAUUAAAUUCAAAGCGGAGACUAAGUGUGUGCAGGAAGGAGACUCUGUCACUCUAGAGCCUGACACUGAAAUAGAGAGUGAUGAUGAGAUCCAGUGGAUGUUUGGAGAUAAAGAUGAUAUAAUCGCAAAAAUGGGAAAAAUGACUGGAGUGACCAGAGAUAUAACAUAUACUGAUGAGGGAUUCAGAGACAGACUGGAUCUGGACCAGGAGACUGGAUCUCUGACCAUUAAAAACAUCACUAUUAAACACACUGGAGAUUUUAAAAUGAAGAUCAUCAGCAGCAGCAGAAGAACCACUGAAGUAAAGAUGUUCUGUAUUAAAGUCAACGACGAGAGAGUGACAGUCAUGAAGGGAGAUACAGCUAUUUUAAAGAGUGCUGCAGAAAUAAAAAGUGAUGAUAAAGUGCAAUACUCCUUUGAAUAUAAUAAGUCUCCUAUAGCUGAAAUCAAAGAUGGACAAGAGAUCUCUACAUCUGAUGGUCCUGAUAAGAUGUUCAGAAACAGACUGGAGCUGGACAAGAAGACUGGAUCUCUGACCAUCAAGAACAUCAAACGUGAACAUGCUGGGUUUUAUUAUCUAAAGGUCACGAGUAGCAGCUCAGUCUGUGAAAAAAGAUAUGAUGUUUUUGUUGUGGACGAGCCCAUAAAUGUCAUGGAGGGAACGUCAUUUGUUUUAGAGAGUGCUGCAGAAAUACAGAGAGACAAAGAUAUAGAAUGGAGGUUUAGCACCGAUAAGUCUCCCAUAGCUGAAAUCAAAGAUGGGCAGAUCUCUACAUCUGCUCAUGAUGAGAUGUUCAAAGACACACUGGAUCUGGACAAAAAGACUGGAUCUCUGACGAUCAGGAACAUCAGACGCGAACAUGCUGGAUUUUAUCAGUUUAUUAUCAGGAAUAGGUGCUCGACUUUUUUUCCUUUUUUCAAUGCGGAGACUGUGACAUUCAUGGAGGGAAAGACAGCUGUUUUAAAGACUUCUGCAGAAAUACAGACUGAUGAUCAGAUAGAAUGGAGGUUUAACACAGACGAGUCUCCCAUAGCUGGAAAAAAAACUGGGCAGAUCUUUCUAUAUGCUGGUGCUGAAGAGAUUUUCAAAGACAGACUGGAGCUGGAUGAGCAAACUGGAUUUCUGACCAUCAAGAACAUCAGUCAUGAACAUGCUGGGAUUUAUCAACUAAAGAUCAUGAAUAGCAGCUCAGCAGCCUAUGUCAAAACAUUCACUGUUAUUGUCGAUGAUGAAAACGAAUCUAGACGGAUCUUUCCUGAGUGGUUAUUGGGACGCAGAUGUAUUGGAAGGGUGCUGGAAGAGGAAACUGGAUUAUCGACUGCUGGUAAUAUCAGACGUGAACAUGAUGAGAUUUAUCAACUAAGGACCAUGAACAGCAGCUCAGCAGCCCUUGUCAAAACAUUCUAUAUUUGUGUCAAGGAGGAGAGAGUGACAUUCGUGGAGGGAGAUACAGCAGUUUUAAAGAGUGCUGCAGAAAUACAGAAUCAUGAUCAGAUAGAAUGGAGGUUUAACUAUGACAAUCCCAUAGCUGAAAUCAAAACUGGACAGAUCUUUCCAUAUGCUGGUCCUGAUGGGAUUUUCAAAGACAGACUGGAGCUGGACGAGCAAACUGGAUUUCUGACCAUCAGGAAAAUCAGACGUGAACAUGCUGGGGUUUAUCAACUAAAGAUCAUGAAUAGCAGCUCAGCAAUCCAUGUCAAAACAUUAACUGUUAUUGUCAAUGAGGAGAAAGUGAGAGUCAAGGAGGGAAGGAGAGCUGUUUUGGAGAGUGCUGCAGAAAUACAGAAGGAUGAUCAUGUAGAAUGGAGGUUUGAAUAUAAGAAGUCUCCCAUAGCUGAAAUCAAAGAUGGGCAGAUCUCUACAUCUGAUGGUCCAGGUGGGAGAUUCAGAGACGCACUGGAUCUGGACAAGAAGACUGGAUCUCUGACCAUCAGGAACGUCAGAUGUGAACAUGCUGGGUUUUAUCUACUAAAGGUCAAGAAAAGCAACUCAGCAGUCCAUGAAAAAAGAUUCACUGUUUCCUUCGUGGUUUCUAAAAGACAACAAGUGAAGAAUUUAGCAGUUGAAAAAGCACAACUUUUACAUGAAGAAACACCACUGUUACAUGAAGAUGAUGUCAUAUACGAGAACGAGAGGAUGAGUUCACUUUAAUGAGAGAAGACACACCUACCAGUGUCAAUCACUGUGACAACAUCAACAUUUAACUCUCCAGCUACUCACAGAAACCAUCCUUUAAACAAAAAAACUUGUUCAGACGUUAAAC